UUGACCAAUGCAAAACACAAAUAUCUGAACAAACAACCCCAGGCACUACACUUCUUUGCAGUCAACAACGCGCUGCUCUAAUGAAAUCUUUGUUAAAUUUUAUAAAACGAGCAGUGAUUGAUGCAAACCUUGCAGUCCAAAUGCGACGAAUAAUGGAGACAGAAUUUCCACAAUCUCUAAUUUUCAUUAUUCAACAUUCACAAUAUUUUGGGUCUUCUCUUUUGCAUUGCACAGUGUCGUUGAUUACAAAUUUUAUUUAUCAAGAGCCUGCCCAGUUAACAAUGCUUCAAAAUAUGAAAUUAACUGAUGCUUUGAUGAAUUUAAUUUUUGAUGAGAAGUUGCCAAUUUCAAGAGAUCUCGUUUGUGCAUUACCAAAUGUUUGUUCUGCUUUGUGCCUUAAUGAACGCGGCCAUAAUGAAUUCAAACUUUAUAAUAAUCAAAAACCUUUAGAAAAAAUAUUUAGAAUUAUUUUUUCAAACAAAUUUUUGCUUUCAAUGCGUAAACGAAAAACUGAAAUUCUUGAAACUGCUCAUAUGCUUGGAACAUCUUUUGAUGAAUUAAUUCGUCACCACCCUGCUUUAAGAAAAGAUGUUAUGGGCAUACUUUCUGAGAUUCUUGAGGAGUUGCUUCAAUCAGCUACUAGCGAAGAUAAAUCUGUUAAUUGGAGUAUGGGAAAGGCUGUAAUUGAAGAUGAUUCUGUUGAGAAUGUUUUGCUAGUAAUGAUUGAAACAAUUUUGUCAAAUCGAAAUGUUCAAGACAACAUUCAAACUAUAAAUGAAUUAAAUAUUCCAGUUCGUUUAGUUAAAUUAUUGAGUGAAGCAAAGAAACCACAAACGGUUUUACUCAAUUCAAGUUAUCUUCCUAAUUUGGCGAAUAUUUUGUGUUGUAUUUUGCGACAAACUUCUAAAGUUGACGACGCUUUUUCUUAUUUGCUUGAACGUUGUUCUUUUGAAUUAUCUGCAUAUUCAACAGAAACUGAAUGCCAACAAGAAAAACUUUUUCAAUUAAUUCGACUCAGUUCUUUGAUAAAUACAAUGAAUAUUUUAAUGAAGUCUGUGAUACACGCUCAAGGAUCUUACGACAGUAUUCGUCCGCUCCUCUUACACCAUUUUGCAACUGAUGACCCUUCUCGGGUUUUUAUUGACACACUUUUUGACACAUACAAAUUGAUGUCUUCUAAAUUGUUGGCAAAUGAUAAAAUAUUCAAUGCGGCAAGGCAGACUACUUCACAAAUUCUUGAGGACACAACCAAAGUUCGUGACCUUCUUCGAAUUGAUGAUGACCAAUCGCUCUAUGAACAGAGAAUGGAAGUAGACUCACAAGCGACAACUGUUCCUUCAUCCUCAAUUUUUCGUACUGGUAAUAUUCAUCCACCUCCAUCAAUGUAUUCUGUUAACCAACCAAUUUCAUUCACAAUUAAUAUUGGCCGUGCUGCAACUACUGCUUAUUCAAGUGGUUCUGACUUGUUUACAAAUUAUAGAUCUGGACCUACAAACUCUAAUAGUAUUGAGAGCAAUUCAAACACUGUUGGAACGACAUCAGAAACUACACCAGCUUCACUUUCGACAACAACUGAACGUCCUCUAAACCAUGUUGUUUACCGCUGUCAUCGUCAAAUUAGCGAGCUUAUAACUUGUAUUGGAAAAAUUUUCUGCAAUGCAAGUGUAUUGAAGGUGAGACAACGUUUAGCAAUCAGUUUGCAAUUAAGUCAUGAGACAAUAAAGAAAGAUUUUCGAAAUGUGAGCACAUUAAUUCUUGGUGGUGUUCAACGAUUACUGCAGACAAACGAAAUUGAUAGUAGCAUUAGUGCUUUAUACUUCACUACACCACUCAAUUUUCUCAAAAAAUUCCUUAUAGAUGAUAUUAACAAUAUUCAGCAAUUGCUGCCGGAUUUCUAUUUGUCUGGCUGUUACAAAAAUUUCUUCGCUCUCGUGACAGAUUGUUUUAAAUCAAACAUUACUAAAGAAGAAUUUACCACAAUUAUUCAUUCAUGGCUCAACAUUGCCCAAAAAUUCUCGUCACCAAAUUUGGCAACUCAGCGAAAUGGUGCGCAACAACUACCGCCGCAGCAACGGAUAACUGUUGAUGGUUUUGAGUUGAAAAAUUUCUUAGCGAUUGCACAGAAGGACACUUUUUCUGCCAUUUGUUCAAUGUUGAAGGAGCUAAUGAAGCAUUGCGAAACGUUUUCUGAUGACCCAUCAAUGCCUUCAACUUCUACAAGUAGUGACAAGGACAAGGGUAGUAAUGAACAAGCGGCUUUUAAAUUAUUGGAAAAGUUGCUGGAAUUUAUGAAAGGAUUGCUUAAAGAUAUGAUGAAAUUGUUGGAAUUAACUGAAGGCAAAGCUGAGGCGCCAGCUGAAAUCCCUGUUGGCGAAAUUGACCCGGCUAAGAUUCAACAACUUGUAGAAAUGGGCUUCUCGCAAAGUGAUGCUGUUGACGCUCUUUUGGUGACAUCAUCAGUGCCAGAAGCAGCUGAACAUUUGGUUAGCAUGCUAGAAAGGAAUCCUACAGGUCUAGGUUAG